GUGAAUGAGAAAGAGAGAGAGAGGGAGAGAGAGGGAGGGAGGAGUGUGAGGUAGCAGGUCUGCUGGAGUUUUUUUUGGUGAUCAACUCUGAGAGGGAGCCCGGAGACCCCGCGCGCGGACUACUAGACUACAGACCCCGAGCCCCCUCCCGGUGCGCGCGCGCCUGCUUCGCCCGGAACCUGCGGACCCCUAUUUUGUAUCCUGUAUCUUUUAACUUUAAGAGCGCGAGGAGGAGGAGAUGGAGCUGCGCUGCGUGGAGGGCGUGUGGUAGAGGAGCCCGCCGAGGAACCGCGAAGAGGACGGAAGGAGCUGCGCGAGGAGAGGAUUCAGAUUCAGAGCGCGCGGGAGAGCGAGCGAGAGAAUAAGAGAGAAAUAUCAGAAAGAGAGAAGAGGAGAAGGAGAAGAGCGCGCGGGAAGUAACGUUAAAGAGAGAGAGAGAGAGAGCGAGAGAAAGAGGGCGACAGUAGUGACCGACCGACUCGAGCCUCAUGCAGCACGGACACGGAGAGUUGCUGUAGAUGGUAGUGUGAGCUGGUAGCUGAAGUGUGUGUGUGUGUGUGUGUGUUGGGUGUAUGGAGUGUGAGCCUCAGGCCAUGCUGCCGUACCACACACGGACCACCCGUCUGCCCAGAGCGGCUGGACUGCUGCUGCUGCUGCUGCUGAUGCUGGCCACACACACACAGGCAGACAGCAUACCCAGUUUCGUCAAGUCUCCUGAAGAUCAGACUGGCAUCUCUGGAGGUGUGGCGUCCUUCGUGUGCCAGGCAGUCGGGGAGCCGAAACCACGAAUCACCUGGAUGAAAAAGGGGAAGAAAGUUAGCUCCCAGCGCUUUGAGGUGAUUGAGUUUGAUGAUGGCUCAGGCUCGGUGUUGAGGAUCCAGCCGUUGAGGACACACAGAGAUGAGGCCAUUUAUGAGUGUACGGCCACAAACAGCGUGGGGGAGAUCAACACCAGCGCCAAGCUGAUCGUCCUGGAAGAGGACCAGAUUCCACAUGGUUUUCCCACCAUAGACAUGGGCCCACAGCUGAAAGUAGUGGAGAGGACGCGCACAGCCACCAUGCUCUGUGCAGCCAGCGGAAACCCAGACCCGGAAAUUUCCUGGUUUAAAGAUUUCCUUCCUGUAGAUAUCAAUGGCAGCAACGGCAGGAUCAAGCAGCUUCGCUCAGGUGGUACACCAAUCAGAGGUGCUUUACAGAUAGAGAACAGCGAGGAGUCGGACCAGGGCAAGUACGAGUGUGUGGCGAUGAACAGCGCGGGAACUCGCUACUCCGCCCCGGCCAACCUUUACGUCAGAGUCCGGCGCGUUCCACCGCGCUUCUCUAUCCCCCCCACCAACCACGAGGUGAUGCCGGGGGGCAGUUUAAACCUCACCUGUGUGGCGGUGGGCGCCCCCAUGCCCUAUGUGAAGUGGAUGACUGGAGAGGUGGAGCUGACCAAGGAGGAGGAGAUGCCCAUUGGACGGAACGUUCUGGAACUGACCAACAUCCGCCAGUCGGCCAAUUACACCUGUGUAGCCAUUUCCUCUCUGGGCAUGAUCGAGACCACCGCUCAGAUUACUGUAAAAGCUCUACCUCGGCCCCCGACCUCCCUGAUCGUCACAGAAACUACAGCCACCAGUGUGACGUUAACCUGGGAUUCUGGUAAUCCAGAGCCAGUUUCGUAUUAUGUGAUCCAGUAUCGGGCCAUCAUCUCCGACAACGGCUUCCAGGAGGUGGACGGCGUGGCGUCCACUCGCUACAGCAUCGGCGGCCUCAGCCCGUACUCAGAGUACGAGUUCAGAGUGAUGGCGGUGAACAACAUCGGCCGCGGACCCCCGAGCGGCACUGUGGAGACCAGAACCAGCGAGCAGGCUCCGUCCUCCCCGCCGCUGAGCGUCCAGGCCCGCAUGCUGAGCGCCACCACCAUGCUGGUGCAGUGGGAGCCCCCCGAGGAACCCAACGGCUUCAUCAGAGGCUACAGGGUCUAUUACACCCACGAACUGCACACGCCGCUCAGCACCUGGCACAAACACAACACAGACGACAGCCGUCUCACCACCAUCUCGGGCCUGGUGCCAGACAUCACCUACAGCCUGAGGGUGCUUGGCUUCACUUCAGUUGGGGACGGGCCGCCUUCGGACGUGCUGCAGGUUAAAACACAGCAAGGAGUUCCUGCCCAGCCCACGGAUUUUGAAGCUGAAGCAGAGCUGGAUACUCGGAUCAUGCUGACCUGGCUCUGGCCCGUUCAGGACCAGAUCACUAAAUAUGAGCUCAUAUACUGGGAGGCUGACUCUGGAGACAAGACCCAUGUGACGUUUGAGCCAGCCGGUUCUUACGCAGUGGAAAGCCUGAAGCCCGACACUCUGUAUAAGUUCACUCUUGCUGCACGCUCUGAAAUGGGUUUGGGGGUUUACACACAGCCCAUCGAGGCCCGGACUGCUCAGUCCACCCCGUCAGCCCCCCCGCAAGAAGUGCACCUGCUCAGUCUUUCCUCCACCAGCAUCCAGGUGAGUUGGGUGGCGCCCCCUGCCGCCAGCCGCCACGGGAACAUCGUGCGCUACAGUCUGGCCUACCAGGCUCUCUCUGGUGAAGACCAAGAGCGCCACGAGGUGAAGGACAUAUCAGCAGACACGUCCAGCUAUUUACUGGAAGGGCUGGAGAAGUGGACGGAGUACCAGGUUUGGGUUAAAGCCCACACUGAUGUCGGGCCUGGACCGGAGAGCAGCAGCACCUGCAUUAGAACCAAAGAGGACGUGCCCGGCGCUCCUCCGAGAAGGGUAGAGGUGGAUAUAAUAAACUCCACGACUCUGCGGGUGUCGUGGAAGCCCCCGCUGGCCCAGAAACAGCACGGUCAAGUCCGUGGCUAUCAGGUGGUCUACUCCCGGGUGGAGAAUGGAGAGCCGCGCGGUCAGCCCACCAUCCUGGAUGUAGCCCUGCCCGAGGCUCAGGAUGCCUUCAUUACCGGCCUGCAGGCGGAGACCUCCUACUCCAUCACUGUAGCAGCGUACACGACUAAAGGGGACGGAGCGCGCAGUAAAGCUAAAGUGGUGACCACAUCCGGAGCAGUUCCAGGCAAACCCACCAUGAUCAUCAGCACGACCAUAGGGAACACAGCUCUGAUCCAGUGGCAGCCCCCUAAAGAGAUGGUGGGGGACCUGCUAGGUUACACCCUGCAGUACAAGCGCGAGGAGGACGCGUCCUUCACCGUGCGAGAGUUCAAACGCACCGACGACCACUUCACCGUCACCGGCCUGCACAAGGGCGCCACCUACAUCUUCAAACUGAGCGCCAGGAACCGCGCCGGCAACGGAGAGGAGUACACCAAAGAGGUCACCACCCCCGAGGACGUCCCCGGCAGCUACCCGCAGAACCUCAGCGUGGUGGGCCUGACCACCAGCUCCACCGAGCUGGCCUGGGACCCCCCGCCCCUCGCAGAGAGGAAUGGCAAGAUCGUACGGUACGUGGUGGUGUACCGGGACAUCAACAGCCAGCAGAACCACACCAACACCACCGCACAGACCCGCAUGACCAUCAACGGCCUGCAGGCGGACACCACCUACGACAUCAGGGUCAGAGCCUUCACCAGUAAAGGAGGAGGACCCAUCAGUCCCAGCAUCCAGAGCAGGACCAUGGCCACCUCCAUGCCUGAGUUCACCAAAAACUUUGGUGUGAAAGCCGUGAUGAAAUCGUCGGUUCUGCUCACGUGGGAAGUGCCCGAAACAUACAAGUCCCAAGUGCCUUUUAAGAUCCUGUAUAAUCAGCAGAGUGUGGAGGUGCAGGGGGACCUGAAGAGGAAGCUGAUCACUCGUCUGCAGCCGGACACAGAUUACUCCUUCGUUCUGAUGAGCAGAGGGAACAGCGCAGGCGGCCUCCAGCAGCAGGUCUCCAUCCGCACGGCCCCCGACCUGCUGACCAGCAAACCAACCAGAUCCCAACAGGACCCUGAGGAGGGGGGAAAACUCACCGUCACGCUGCCCAGAGUCAACCCCACCAUCAGCACUCACGUCAGAUGGUUCUACAUAGUGGUGGUGCCGGUGACACCAGCCACACUGCGACGCUGGGAAAGCCCAGAAGACAUGGACCUGGAUGAGUUGUUAGAGGCUGGUGGAGACUCGACAGCGAGUAAGCGGAGGAAGAGGCAGUCUCCGGAUUUCCUGCGGCCGUACAUCGCUGCCAAACUCAAGACACUCCCUGAAACUUUCAUCCUGGGGGACGAGAAAACCUACAACGGCUUUUACAACAAAGCCCUGCCCGGACAACAGCAUUACCGCAUAUUUAUACUCGCAGCUCUCCAAGAUCACGACUCUAAAACGUUUGCCGCGAGUCCGUUCUCCGACUCCAUCAUGGUGCAGCUCCACAGUGGGAUGUCUCGGCACACGGAGGAUCCGGAGAUGCUGUGGGUGAUGGGUCCGGUCCUCGCCGUUAUCCUCAUCAUCAUCAUCGUCAUCGCCAUCCUCCUCUUCAAAAGGAAGCGAGCAUCUCCCUCAGCGAAAGAUGAGCACUCUGCCGGAGUGAAGGAUCAUCUGCUGGCCCACUCGUCCGACCCUGUAGAGAUGAGGAGACUCAACUACCAAUCACAAGGUUCCAGCGCCCCCAGUUGCCCGAAUACUCCAAGGAUGAGAGAGCAUCCGCCCAUUCCUGUGUGUGACCUGGCUGACCACAUCGAACGACUCAAAGCCAACGACGGCCUGCGCUUCUCACAGGAAUACGAGUCAAUUGACCCUGGCCAGCAGUUCACCUGGGAGCACUCCAACCUAGAGGUCAACAAGCCAAAGAACCGCUAUGCAAACGUCAUCGCGUACGAUCACUCCAGAGUGAUCCUGACUCCUGUAGACGGCGUGCCGGGGAGUGACUACAUCAACGCGAACUACGUGGACGGCUACAGGAAGCAGAACGCGUACAUCGGCACGCAGGGACCCCUCCCUGAAACACUCAGCGACUUCUGGAGGAUGGUGUGGGAGCAGAGGACCAACACCAUUGUUAUGAUGACCAAACUGGAGGAGAAGUCUAGAGUGAAGUGUGAUCAGUAUUGGCCCAGUAGAGGGACGGAGACGUACGGGAUGAUUCAGGUCAGCAUGCUGGACACUGUGGAGCUCGCCACCUACAGCGUCAGAACCUUCGCUUUAUACAAGAACGGUUCCAGUGAGAAGAGGGAGGUCCGUCAGUUCCAGUUCAUGGCCUGGCCGGACCACGGCGUGCCUGAGUACCCUACACCCAUCCUGGCCUUCCUGCGCAGGGUUAAAGCCUGCAACCCACCAGAUGCUGGACCAAUGGUGGUUCACUGCAGUGCGGGUGUAGGAAGAACAGGCUGCUUCAUCGUCAUCGACGCCAUGCUGGAACGCAUGAAGCACGAGAAGUCGGUGGACAUUUAUGGUCAUGUGACCUGCAUGCGAGCUCAGAGGAACUACAUGGUGCAGACGGAGGAUCAGUACGUGUUUAUUCACGAGGCUCUGCUGGAGGCGGCCACCUGCGGACACACCGAGGUUCCGGCCCGCAGCCUCUACACACACAUCCAAAAACUUACACAGGUGCCCCCUGGAGAUACAGUCACAGCCAUGGAGCUGGAGUUCAAGAAAUUAGCAAACUCCAAAGCACAUACCUCUAGAUUCAUCAGUGCCAACCUGCCCUGCAACAAGUUCAAGAACAGACUCGUCAACAUCAUGCCCUUCGAGUCCACCCGCGUGUGUCUUCAGCCAAUCAGAGGAGUAGAGGGCUCAGAUUACAUUAAUGCCAGCUUCCUCGAUGGAUACAGGCAGCAGAAGGCCUAUAUUGCCACACAGGGUCCACUGGCGGAGACUACUGAGGACUUCUGGAGAAUGCUGUGGGAACACAACUCCACUAUAGUAGUAAUGCUGACCAAACUCAGAGAGAUGGGACGGGAGAAGUGCCAUCAGUACUGGCCAGCCGAGCGCUCUGCACGCUAUCAGUACUUUGUGGUGGACCCCAUGGCCGAGUACAACAUGCCUCAGUACAUCCUCCGCGAGUUUAAAGUCACAGAUGCCAGGGACGGGCAGUCCAGGACUAUCCGGCAAUUCCAGUUCACUGAUUGGCCGGAACAAGGGGUGCCAAAGACGGGAGAAGGCUUUAUUGACUUCAUCGGGCAGGUGCACAAAACCAAGGAGCAGUUUGGCCAGGAUGGACCAAUUACUGUUCACUGCAGUGCUGGUGUGGGUCGUACCGGAGUGUUCAUCACUCUGAGUAUUGUGCUGGAGAGGAUGAGGUAUGAGGGAGUGGUGGAUCUGUUCCAGACAGUCAAAACACUUCGCACUCAAAGACCUGCCAUGGUACAGACAGAGGACCAGUACCAGCUGUGUUACAGGGCGGCUCUGGAGUACCUGGGCAGCUUUGAUCACUAUGCAACGUAACCACUCAUGGAAAUCUCCGGAAAGCCCUGGAAACGCCCCCUCAGGAGAGCAGCCAGUUCUUUCUGAGCCAAAACCAACCCCACUGAUUCAGAAUGCAGGCUGUGGGAGAGAGAGAGGAAGAGAGAGAAGAGAGAGAAGAGAGUGAAGAGAAGGAAAAGAGAGGGAGAGAAUAGUAAAGAAAGUAAAGAAGAGUCACAAUUGGAAGCAGCAACUUAACACUGUCGUCCAGACGCGUGUCCGUCUCUCUUUCAAGACAACAAACAGCAACAUCCGCCGUACCGUUCUGGUAUCUAUAUUACUGUACUACAUCUCCUGUCUCUGUAAUCCUGCUGAGAAUGCAAAUUACCUUACUGAUUUAUUUUUUUUAUCAGCUAUUGUCUUCAUAUUAAUCAUUAUCAUCUGCAUUAUUAUUAUUAUUAUGAUUAAUAACAUUAUUAUUGUUAUUACAAUACAAUACAUUUGUACCUUCAACAAAAGUACGUCAAUUUUGUCAUUUAUACUUUUAUUUUAUCUAUUUUAUCUGUAUGGGGAUCUGUUUUAUGUUUUAUGUUUAUUUUUCCACACUUUGUUAUCCGUUUAUGAUUUUAUUAUGAUUAUUAUACGGUCUUUUAUGUUUAGCGCUAAUGGGCAUGUAUUUUAGCAUGACCCAGAUUACUCAUAUUAGAGGACUCAUACUCCAAGCUGCUGAUCAUUUCUUACUUAUUACUUUUUAUUAUCAUUAUUAUUAUUAUUAUUAUUCUGUUUUUAAUGAUCUGCUGUUAUUCAGUGGGAGAGGGGGAGAUCUUUAGGACAUUUUCAGCUCCUAAAACCUUUUUCUGAAGAGUUAUCUGUGUUAAAAAAAAAAAAAAUAAAUAGAUCAAAUGGUGUAACGCCGCAGUUAAAGGACCACCGUCGUAAAAGAAAUCGAGUAAUGAGAUCUGAAAAAAAAAUGUGUGUACAGACCAUAGACUGUGUAUAAAAGUGGACUGGACUGCAGUGUUCUCUUACACUAUCUGGUGACUUACUACGAUACAACUAUUAACCCCAUCUAAAUCCAUAUAAGUAACUGGAGCAGAAAGGAAACUUUAAUAAUUUAAUAUUUUUGGCAGUUGUGUUCUGUUUAUGCCUUUUCUUUUUUUAUUUCUUCAUUUUAUAGAAGGUAUUUGAUAUAUUUGAGAUAUUUUAAGGGUUUCAGUAUUGAAGUCAUUGACAGCUGUGGUGGGAAAGUUGAUCAACAGCUAAUAUUGACUAUUGGAUAUCAUGAAAAUGCAGAAUUUUUAAGACCAUUCUGGCUAUCUUUUUGCUUUAAAAAUGGGAGUUAUAAUGGGAGUGAGUGGGGAGAUGGGGGGUGUUCUGUCCACUCUGAUACACAGUCUAUAGUACAAACUCUGCCUCUGAUUUUAAAAGAUUAACAAAUUGCUGUAAACUGUGAUUUUUUUCUGGAAACUUUUCACUCGAGGGGCCUCAUAAUGAAAUUGAAGGGCCUGUGUGCUGCUUACUGUAAGCAAAGCCUUUGUUUUCCCAGGUUAAAGGUCAGGUUGUCCUGACAGAUUCACAACUCAGAAGAUCAGAAAGGCCAGAUUGUGGUCAAAGAAGUGGCUUAGAAAAUGUACAGCAAUGAAAAUCUAUUCAUAGCAUUUCUCGGGGCUGCAACAGUUAAUAAACAGGCAAUAAACCCAGUCACUUCUCUGCAACAUUGAUUGAUUAUUGAGGGUUUAUGGAAGUGUGACCAGUUGUAAUACACUAAAGUAAGUGUAGAGGGCGAUAUGGCUUCUAUUGUUUCAUGUCCAAAGCUCUAUAAUGCUGUAUAACCUUCAUAUUAUCCAUGAAUAAUUUGUUCUGACAGAUUGUAAUACACUGCAGGAAGUGUAGGGGGCGACAUGGCUUCUCUUGUGUAAGUGAAGAAAGGCACAAUGAUUGAUUAGUCAUUUAGCUAAACCAUAAUGACUUGCAGCCCUAAAACCAUGUCCAAAAUGUCCAAACUAGUAGGCAAGGUGGGUCAGCUGACCACAGUGUCUGGAUGAAUCUACAGUAUCUUCAGUUUCCUGGCCUGUAAAUCCUAAACCCAAACUCUACGGAAGUUCAUACGUGAUGCGGUGCCAUACGAUCACAUAUCUCACUGUGGCUCUGAAAGAUGGACUACAUACAGUAAUAUAGUAAAAAAAAAAGCACCACUGGACUGAGAAUUUCUGCAAACUUCUGCUCAACUCAAGCGUUCCCUUCUCCCCAGCGGCCCGAGCGCCCAGAGCGCUGGAACACAUGGGAGCGAGCAGAUGAUUUACUUCACUUUGCGUUGGAGCGAAAUGUCCGAGGGUUCAAUCUGUUGUACAUGCAGUCUGUUUUCUAUUUGUUAAUAAAAUAAAUAAAAAAAAAUACAAAGAGAAAAUAUGUUCCAAAAACCUUGAUGUUAAUAAAGUUGAAUAAUUGGGUUUUUUA